CCCACCUCUGAGAGAAGACGUUUUGACUCGACUGCCUUCUGUGCUUCUUAUCCAGAGUGUUUCGUGCAUAAAUAGUCUUUCCUGGAGGAAGUGUCUGUGAGUAAAGUGAAAAGAGACUACUGAAAAGAUGUAUCAGAGUAUACAGAAUACAUUCUGCGGAACAUUAAUGAGAAGGGGAAAUAGUAACACUCACUCUCACAGUAACGACCGUCGACUGCUGCUGAUCGGCAAAACUGGACUUGGAAAAAGCUCAACAGGAAACACCAUCUUUAAUGCUUCUGUGUUUCAUUCAGAAAUGAGUUCUUCAUCAGUGACCAGACGAUGUCAAACACACACUGAUACUGUUAAUAACAGAAGACUGACAGUUAUUGAUACUCCAGACUUUAAAUUCUCCACUGAUAGAGACUUUGAUUCAGACUCUGAACUGAAGAGAGCUCUUGAAUCAUCUUCUCCAGGUGUUCAUGUGAUCCUCCUCAUUCUGUCUUUAAACACUUUCACAACACAAGAGCUGGAUUAUGUGACUUGGUUUGAACAGAGAUUUGGUGUAGAAGUGUUCAGAUAUACUAUAGUCCUCUUUACUCAUGCAGAUAAAACACACAGAGCAGUAGGAGAACUGAUCAGAGGAAACGACCAUCUGUUAAAUCUUGUUAAUCGUUGUGGUGGAGGAUAUUGUACAAUGAACAAUAAAGAUCCAUCAAACAGAAGACAGGUGACUGAACUCCUGGAGAAGAUCGACAGAAUGGUGUCUAAUAACAGAAACACCUGCUACACUCAAAAAAUGCGACUGAAGAAUGAGAGAAACAAGAGGAUUAAACAGUUUAUAAAAACAUAUAAAUACCAUAUAUUAACAAGUGUAUUUAUGGGUGCAGCGGUUGGUUGUUUAUUUGUAAUGGCAUUGGCAGUCUUAUCUCAAAUAUAGCAACCAUGACAUUUUGUGCUGUCAUUAUUAGUGCUGUUGUAGCCACUGGCUCACUCAGUUCACAGUAUACUUUAAUAAAAGUGUAGGAGUAAUCUAAUUUCUUAAAUAGAAGAUUUUAUGUUUGAUUGUUUUUCACCUUAACCUGUAACUAUGAAACGUAACCCUAUCUAUAAAAGAUGUAAUAACUUAGUUUAGUUUGAUGACUACUGUAAUGAUUUAAAAUCACUCUAGAGGCUCGAGGUUGAAACAUGCAAUGAGAAAUUGUUUCUGUUUGUGUUCAAUAUUUUAUGGCUGUAUUUUUUCUGAUUUCUAUGGUUUUGUCAUAUAUUUGAUUACAUCUGUUUAGGUGGUGUAGAUUUAUACACAUGCAAUUACAUUUAUCUCAAUAAAAAUAUCAUCUAAUAAUCACCAGAACUUGUUAUUGCAACAAUUGUGUUGUAAUAUACAAUGCUUUUUACUUUACCCUAGAA